GGACACCAAAAAGGCUGGUUUAAUGCUGUAAUGGGCCCGAUUAUACCUUCACCACCUACCUCACGGCGUCCUUUAUCAUAUCCUGCAUCUAUACCUGUGGGCGGUGCAGGUUCCGGGACGAGGUGGAGGUGGUGGUGGCGGCGGAGAAAUGGUGGCCUCAUGCUAAGUUUGUGGAGGGGGAGGGCGGCGCGGAGGACGGCGGCGGUGGAGGGCACGGCCGAUGCGCACCCGGCAUGGAGGGGGCGAUGGUCAACUUCCUCAACAUGCUCGCGGUCUCCAUGAACUUCACGUGCCGAGUGGUGCGUCCCGCCGACAAGUCCUUCGGCAGCCUGCAGGAGGACGGGACCUGGACGGGCAUGUUGGGCCUUGUCACGACCGGGGAGGCAGACGUCGCCCUGGGCCCCUUCGCCGUGACGGAGAGCCGCCGGCAGGCGGUGGCCUACUCGGAGCCCGUCAGUCACACCGACCUCACCAUUGUGUCCGCGGAAGGCAGCCUCGAGAUCAACCCCUGGGCCUUCCUGCUGCCGCUCACCCCCGCCGUGUGGUGCCUGCUGGGGGCCGUGCUGCUGUUGGUGUGGGCCAUGACCUUCCUUCUUGACUACGCUGAGCACGCGUGGGUGCGGCGGCCUCACAGCGUGUUCCUGCAGCUGUACGGCGUCGUGAUGCAGCAGGGAGUGACGAUGAAGCUGGAGGGCGUGGCGCUGCGGGCGGUGGUGGGCGGCUGGGUGGUGGUCGCGUCCCUGCUGGUGUGGAGCUACAGCGGCCUCCUCGUGUCGGUGAUGACCGUGCGCCUCGUGCCGCGCCCCAUCCAGACCGCCCGCGACCUGCUGGACCACUCCCGCGCCCGCGUCAUCAUGCGCGCCAACACGGCCUACACGGACACACUGGCCGGGGCCCAGACGGGUGUGUUGCGGGAUCUGUGGGGGCUAAGGGCGCGGGGCCGGCUGCACUGGGAGCCGGCGGGCACUGCACGGUGGUUCACACUGAUGAGGCGCGGCGAUCACGCCUCCAUCGUGACCUCCCUCAGCAUCGGUAGCCUCAGGGCCAGGGACUUCAGCAGCACAGGUAGCUGUCGCCUGUACAGCGCCAAGGAGAGCCUCGUGCUCUUUAGCUACAGCAUGAUCACCCAGAAGAACGUCACCGCCAUCCUGCCCGCCGUCAACGCCAGGGUUCAAGCUGUGGUGGAGUCUGGCCUCUAUGACUACUGGCUGCUCCAGGGCAUCCCUAACGCCUCGGCCUGCGACAACGCGCCCUCCAAAGUCACGGUGCAUCAGCCCUUCGACCUGGCCAGUCUCUGGGCCGUGUUCUUGGUGUCCGGGGCGGGCCUGGCGGCGGCGCUCCUCGUCUUCGCUCUCGAGAUGUGUGAAUGUCUGCCGCGUCACCCCAGGCAACACCGACUUACCCUUCACCAUCCCCAAGGACAACAACAACAACAACGACAACAACAACUCUUCCAACGCCGCCACCAAGGACAAGAACAAGAACAACAAGAACUACAUAACCUACAAUAUUCGCAUCACUAAGAAGAAGAAGAACAAGAACAACAAGAAACACUAAACGUGCAACAUCCCUAACAACGACAACAACAACUCUUCCACCGCCACCACCAAGGACAACAACAAGAAGAAGAACAAGAAGAACUACAAAACCUACAAGAAGAAGAAGAACAAGAACAAGAACAACAAGAAACACUAAACCUACAACAUCCCCUCGGCCAAAAACAACAAACUCCCCGCUCCCUGCCUGCUUCAAGAGGAGUCAAGAGAAGGAAUCCUGAGAGGGGUCCUAGCGUCCGUCUGAUCACCCUGCCGUAGCUUCCUUGUGUCCGUGGCUGAGGACCUAAUGGUGCAUGGCGGCUGGGCAGGCUAUAUCAUGCUUAGAACUGAUAAUAGAUGUACAGCCAAAUUAAAAGCGUGGCAACUGUAGAAGUCAGAGUCAUCAAAGAACGCAAUGGAGAUAGAUAGACAGAUAGAUAAACAAAAUAUCUACCUUACUCUGUUCUUCCCCUCCUCUCCCCUCCCUUCCUUUCCCAUGUGUCUUGCUGUCCUACCUACUUUCUCUCAUUUCUUUCUUUCCAUCUUCUCUCAUCUUCAUCUCUUCCUUACUAAACUUCCCUUCCUUUCCUCGUUACCCCGUUUCAUUCCCUUCCCUUCCCCGUUACUCCGUUCCUUUCCCUUCCCUCUCCUUCCCUUCCUCGUUUGUUAUUUUCCCUUCCCUCUCCUUCCCUUCCCUUCCUCGUUACUUCGUUCCUUUCCC